AUGUUCGUGGCGCAAGCGUUUUCGCAGUUGCGCGUGCAACCGAGCAGGGUCUGCUGUAGCCGUCGACGGUCGGCGCGUUCGCUGAAAAUGGCAACUUGGAUUAUGGCUCCAGAUAACCCGGACGAACCCGACGAGCCGGGUCGACGGGAUCCGUCGCCGCGUCGGAUGCCUUCGAUCCCGGUGCCCCAGGUUGCAACGGACCAGGGUACGCUUGACAUUUACUCUCGCUUGGCGAAGGAUCGCAAGCUGCUUUUAGGUACUCAAGUGAAUGAUGAGGUUUGCAACCAGCUCGUCGCGCAGAUGUUGUUUUUGGCACAGGAGAACCCAGAGGAGGAUAUUACGCUCUAUAUUAACUCACCGGGAGGCUCGGUGUCCGCUGGACUUGCGCUGUACGACACCAUGAUGUACGUACCGUGCGAUGUUGCGACGGUCUGUUUCGGAACCGCGGCGUCGAUGGGUGCGUUCCUGCUGUGUGCCGGGGCUAAAGGCAAACGUCGGGCGUUGCCGCAUGCGCGCAUCAUGAUUCACCAGCCGCUCGGUGGGGCGCAAGGUCAAGCCAUGGAUAUUGAAAUUCAGGCACGCGAGAUUCUCUACGUGCGGGAUCUAAUUAAUCAGAUCAUGGCAGCGCAGACAGGCAAGGCGGUGGAAGAAAUUGAACGGGACACUGAUCGUGACUUUUUCAUGAAUGCCGAGGAGGCGGUAGCCUAUGGUUUGAUUGACGAGGUCGUGAAAACGAAGAACAUGCUCCCGUAUCCGAAGAAACCAUCGCUGGUGUACUGA